AUGAUAAAUGGGCUUUGCAAGAAGGGUAAGACGGAGGAAGCUAAUGAGUUGUUGGAAUUAAUGAGUCAGAGAGGCUUGCAACCUAAUGUGGUGACUUUUAGUACAGUGAUAAAUGGGUUUUGCAAGAAGGGGAAGAUGCAGGAAGCUAAUGGGUUGUUGGAAUUGAUGAGUCAAAGAGGUUUGGAGCCUAAUAUGGUGACAUUUACUACAAUGAUAAAUUGGCUUUGCGAGGAGGGGAAGACGGAGGAAGCUAAUGGGUUGUUGAAAUUGAUGAGUCAACGAGGUUUGCAGCCUAAUGUGGUGACUUUUAAUACUAUGAAAAGUGGGCUUUGCAAUGAGGGGAAAAUGGAGGGGAAGGUGGAGGAAGCUAACGGGUUGUUGGAAUUGAUGAGUCAAAGAGGUUUUCAGCCUAAUCUGGUGACAUUUAAUCCAAUGAUUAGUGGCUUUGCAAAGAGGGGAAGAUUAAGGAAGCUAAUGGGUUAA